GACACUUUGUAUAAAGGAAUAUUUCCCGUGCAGGCUGCGUAAAGUUUCAGAAUGACUGUCAUUUAUCUGGUGAUUGCGGCGCUCCUUGUGCCUAUCAUGGCCUCGUCUUCUGCUGAGACAGAACACCAAAAGCGGCGCUUUCAUGGAGUGCAGAAGAAUGGGAAUCAAUGUGCCUGCACAGUGCGUUUUGCUGAAUGGGAGUUUCCAGUUGAAAGAUUUAAAGAGGUGCAAGAUCUGUCACAGAACUGUUCGAGUUCACUGAAUGAAAGAUUAUCAGAGAUAACAGCGAUUAACUUCAAGAUCCAAGUGUUCCUUGAAGAAAUGCAGAAUGAGACUGCUCGACUUAAACAGUUUGAGGCAAUGCAGAAACAGAAGCUGUACCAUCCACUUAACUUCUGGCCGCUUCGUUGGGACCUGAAACGACUACAGUCAGAGAUUGCAAAGGUGCAGAAUGUUUCCUUGCCAAAUACUAAGGCACUUCAAACGAUCUCCUCUGAGCUGGACAAUUCCUAUGUCAGUGUGCUAAACUUGCAGCUGUAUGAUAAACAUAACUUACUGAACAUGAAAAACCGCUUGAAGAAAAUAAAGAACCGACUGGAAAGCUUUUCUGUCUAUGGCAAUGUGAAGAUUGGAAAUUGUUCUGGAGGAAUGCUACGUAACGUCACUAGGCCUUUAAUAGCACAACUCAACCCCUAUGGUUCAUCAUACGCUUACGGAGCCUGGGGCAUGGAUUCAAUGCCCGGAAGCCCGGAAUUGUACUGGGUUAUGGCACUAAUGUCUUCUAACAUCUAUGGAAAUUCAAUACGAACUUACUCCUCUUACAAAACCUUUCUCAUGUCAAACACUCACGUAGAUUUUAUAGUGAGAUCAUCGUACACCACGCCCAAUGCGAUCCAGGGUCCUGGUGUUGUGCUUUAUAAUGGUUCUUUGUAUUAUAACUGUUAUAAGUCUGGAGAAAUGUGCAAAUUUAAUUUAAACACAAAGAAUAUUAUUCAUGUGAACCUACCCAAUGCUGGCCAUUCAAACAAAUUCCCUUACUGUUACUAUGAUUGUUAUGGUUACACAGAUAUAGAUUUCUCAGUGGACGAAAAUGGAAUCUGGGUUAUUUAUGCCACUGAAGAGAAUUACGGUAAUAUUGUACUGAGUAAAAUAAACAGCAAUAAUUUGGCUGUAUUACAGACCUGGAAAACAAAGCUCUUUAAGAAAGCAACAUCCAAUGCUUUUAUGGUUUGUGGGGUGCUUUAUGCCACUCGAUUUGUUAGCAAAAAUGAGGAGGAGAUAUUUUAUAUGUUUGACACCGUCACUAAUCAAGAGGCUAAAAAUCUUAAUAUCCGCCUCAUCAAAUUCUCUCCAAAUGUGGCAAGCCUUCAUUACAACCCAGUCGAUAGGAAGCUCUAUCUUUUUAAUGGUGGCUACAUGUUAUCCUAUGGUGUCUUGUUUUCCUAAGAAAUGCAGGCUAAUAAUUUUUUACAGCAUAUUUACUAAAACAAUGAUUUUAUGCAAUUAAAAUAUAUUUAGUUGAAAUUCACCUAACAAUCUAAGAAUGCCCAAGGUCAAAUGAAAAUUCAAAUAAUGGUUUGUUACGGUCCAAGAGAUGAUAGACAAUAGAUGGAGGAGUAGGCCAUUCGGUCCUUCGAGCCAGCACCGCCAUUCAAUGUGAUCAUGUCUGAUCAUCCCCAAAUCAGUACCCCAUUCCUGCCUUCUCCCCAUAUCACAGUUCACACUGCCACCCAGCUUUGUGUCAUCUGCAAAUUUGCUAAUUUUGCAGAUAGCCAGAACCUUGUGGAAAAAAGCAUUUAAAACAUAAAUUGUUGUCAGUAAUCAGCAUGUCAAGCAGCAACUCUAGAGAGAAAAUUUGAACUGGCUUUUCAGGUCAAUCAUCUUUCAUCAAUCAGUUAACUCUGCUUCUGUCUGCUUUGAUGCUGCCUGACCUCCUGAGUAUUCAUCGCAUUUUCUGAUUUGGUUUAGAGUUAUCACAUCUACUGCUUUAUUUGUUUUUCAUUACUGUAAUGACCAUUUUCUCUGUAUAAGGUACACAACUGUUGUAAAAGGGAGAGAAGAAAAUAAAUCAGGGCUUUUAA